AAUAUUGUAUCGUCCUUGACAUUAUUUGUAAACAAGGAAAAUGGAGUCCAAGUAUCCGGAGGACCAUCCACGCACGAUCUUGCCUGACUUGUGCCGGAAGUUCUACAGCCUUGGUUGGAUGUAUGGAACUGGAGGAGCACUCAGUGUCCGGACUGGUGAUAAAAUCUACAUAACUCCCUCUGGUGUUCAAAAGGAACUUGUUCAGGGCGAGGACUUGUUUGUUCAAACUAGUGAUGGCACAGAUAUUGAUCUCCCCCCAGCAGAGAAGAAAUUGAAGAAGAGUACAUGUACACCUUUGAUCACUGUGGUAUAUAGGCUUAAUGAAGGAUGUAAUGCAGUAUAUCAUGUACACAACACGGCUGCUGUGAUGGUGUCCAUGUUAUGGCCAGGAACAGAAUUUCGCAUUACACAUCAGAAAAUGAUACAGUGUAUCAAAAAAGGAAAUUCUGAUAAACAUUUUGACUACUACGAUACCAUGGUUGUUCCGAUUAUAGAAAACAAAUCUACUGAAGAUGAAAUAGCGGAAUCUAUGACGGCCGCAAUGUUGGAUUAUCCAGAAACUAGUGCAAUAUUGAUUAGAAGACACGGGAUGUAUGUGUGGGGACCAUCUUGGCAAAAAGUUAAAUGCAUGGCAGAAAGUUUUGACUACCUGUUUAACGUUGCCGUACAAAUGAAGCAAUGUGGCCUUGACCCUGAGAAGAUUCCGGUGGCCCCUGAAGGUGCAUACACGUGACUUGUAUACUGGCUGACAUGCAGUUGUGUUUACUUUGAACAGUAUUUUUUUUUAAAUAAUUUUGUCUUUCACUUUUUUGCACACAAAAAAUCAGUUUGUAUAUAUCAGGAUCCUUUGUGUAAAAAUUAUAUACAUAUUUAUAGAUUUUAUCCAUUAACCAAACAAACAGACAGACAUGAUACGAUUGGCACUAAUGGUUGCCGGAUAGAUAGCCUCGCCGUUUCAUUAUAAAAUCGAUUCAUUAACACUUUAUCGCUUCAAAUCCUUCUCACCAUCGUUCAACAACUAUAUAACUUUGUCAUGUCGCGACGACCUGAAGUUGUUUCCGGUGUGCAGAAAAAUGAAAUAAACACAUUAGUAACAUAACAUUAUUGCCAAAAACAAAAAAGUGCGAUUCGAUUCAGUGUUGAGGUAAUCUCGCCUGCUACCGGCUUGGGGAGAGGCAGGCGAAAACGCAGCUGGGAAAAACUGUUAUAUUCUUCUAUCUUUGAACUUACUUACUUCUAACUUUUCUACUUUUCAACCCAUUUCUUACUUUUUCUGCCUAGUAACCACCCAUCACAUAAUAGUCAAGAGUGACUGCGCUGAUGUAACACGUAGAUGUAGAUGUAGAUGUACCGGUAAGCAUAAAAAUGAUUAUGUUACCUAGCUACUGUUGUUUUUUACAAAACCUUUGUGUGGAAGUUCAGUUUGGUUUUCAACUAGUACAGCUUUGUUUCCACCCUUUCGUCCACGAUUAUGUCAUAAAAGUGCAUGUAAGCAGGUUUCUCUAAAACUUCUUGGUCAAAUACUUUAAAAUUCUUUUUAUCCUACCACUAUGCAUUUAUCAGGCCGAUAUCAGCCUGCCGUGUAAACUUGAGGUUUAUUCAGUCAAUGCAGGUUUAUACCGUCAAUGCAACUGACGGACUACUUUUUCAAGUAUAUGUGCUAUAAAGGCAAUGUAAACUGGGCCAAGAGUUCGAAGCUCAAACAUUUCAUCAUUCUAUGACGACAGCCACGGUAAAAAAAAUAAAAAAAUUGGUUCACUCUGUCCUUGUAAACCUCCAUACGGAAUGGUACGGUGACGGUUUUUAAAGUCUGUGUGAAUCGACCUUGACUUUGUUUAUCAGGCGUUCACUCAUUUUUAGGUAGAAAUUUACACAAAUAACCAGAUUUAAGCAGUCGUUUAUUGUAAUUAUUGGAUCUAAACUAUUCAUCGUGGAAGGAAUUUCAUUAUCUCACAUCGUCUUGUACGGAAAUGGAGUAAAUUUAAGACUGCGGGCAUUUGAAUUCAUCUCAAGCGUGAUUUUCGGCUGUAUUCUAUCCGAGUCAAAACCAUUCUGCUUGUUUUGUACGCGAAUGCCCUGUUAGCACCGAUGAUUUAUAAUACACAGAACUUCAGAAGGCAAAGUAUGAGGCAUGAAAUAAUGUUUUAUUGUAAGGAAUCGUGUGUAACUGGAUCAAGCAGACAAGGGUUGAAGGGCGUAGGAAUUCAUAAGUGAGUGAAAUUCUGGAUUAUUUUUGUAGAGAAAAACAUUUUGAAAGUAAAUAUAUGUUAUACACAGAUUUUAUUGACUGCAGGAUAAAUAGAAUAUUAGGUUACUGUUUUUCUUAACUUAAGUUUAUCCACUUCGUCUCCGAAAGAUUUAUCCCCCUCGGCAAGCCUCGGGUGGAUAAACCUUUCUCCAACUCAGUGGAUAAACUUAAGUUAAGAAAGACAGUAACCUAAUAUUCUCUAUAUACAUACAUUCGGCAUUAUGGGGUGACCUCAUAGGACAAGUUGCAUAACUCUAACUCUUAUUUCCUCUGAGACCGUGUGGUGGAAGUUGGUGAACUUGGCAUGGAUGGACUGGGUGGUCUUGUCUAGUAAUAUUAGCUCAUGUAUCAUAUUGACCCAAUUAAAACAUUUGUUGGUGGAUUUUCUUCAGAAUGACGUCCAUUUAAUAUGAUGAUUUUUUAGCUCACCUGUCACAAAGUGAAAAGGUGAGCUUUUGUGAUCGCGCGGUGUCCGUCGUCCGUCGUCCGUCCGUGCGUCCGUAAACUUUUGUUUGUGACCACUCUAGAGGUCACAUUUUCAUGGGAUCUUUAUGAAAGUUGGUCAGAAUGUUCAUCUUGAUGAUAUCUAGGUCAAGUUCGAAACUGGGUCACGUGCCGUCAAAAUCUAGGUCAGUAGGUCUAAAAAUAGAAAAACCUUGUGACCUCUCUAGAGGCCAUAUAUUUCACAAGAUCUUCAUGAAAAUUGGUCAGAAUAUUCACCUUGAUGAUAUCUAGGCCAAGUUCGAAACUGGGUCACGUGGGGUCAAAAACUAGGUCAGUAGGUCUAAAAAUAGAAAAACCUUGUGACCUCUCUAGAGGCCAUAUUUCUCAAUGGAUCUUCAUGAAAAUCGGUCAAAAUGUUUAUCUUGAUGAUAUUCAGGUCAAGUUCGAAACUGGGUCACGUGGGUUAAAAACUAGGUCAGUAGAUCUAAAAAUAGAAAAACCUUGUGACCUCUCUAGAGGCCAUAUUUUUCAUGAGAUCUUCAUGAAUAUUGGUCAGAAUGUUUACCUUGAUGAUAUCUAGAUCAAGUUCGAAACUGGGUCACGUAGGGUCAAAAACUAGGUCAUUAGGUCUAAAAAUAGAAAAACUUUGUGACCUCUCUAGAGGCCAUAUUUCUCAAUGGAUCUUCAUGAAAACUGGUCAGAAUGUUCAUCUUGAUGAUAUCUAGGUCAAGUUCGAAACUGGGUCACGUGGGGUUAAAAACUAGGUCAGUAGAUCUAAAAAUAGAAAAACCUUGUGACCUCUCUAGAGGCCAUAUUUUUCAUGAGAUCUUCAUGAAUAUUGGUCAGAAUGUUCACCUUGAUGAUAUCUAGGUCAAGUUCGAAACUAGGUCAUGUGGGGUCAAAAUCUAGGUCAGUAGAUCUAAAAAUAGAAAAACCUUGUGACCUCUCUAGAGGCCAUAUUUCUCAAUGGAUCUUCAUGAAAAUUGGUAAGAAUGUUCACCUUGAUGAUAUCUAGGUCAAGUUCGAAACUGUGUCACGUGCGGUCAAAAACUAGGUCAGUAGGUCUAAAAAUAGGAAAACCUUGUGACCUCUCUAGAGGCGAUAUUUUUCAAUGGAUCUUCAUGAAAAUUGGUCAGAAUGUUUACCUUGAAGAUAUCUAGGUCAAGUUCGAAACUGGGUCACGUGGGGUUAAAAACUAGGUCAGUAUAUCUAAAAAUAGAAAAACCUUGUGACCUCUCUAGAGGCCAUAUUUUUCAAGAGAUCUUCAUGAAUAUUGGUCAGAAUGUUCAUCUUGAUGAUAUCUAAGUCAAAUUCGAAACUGGGUCACGUGGGGUCAAAAACUAGGUCAGUAGGUCUAAAAAUAGAAAAAACCUUGUGACCUCUCUAGAGGCCAUAUUUCUCAAUGGAUCUUCAUGAAAAUUGGUGAGAAUGUUCAGCUUGAUGAUAUCUAGGUCAGGCUCGUAACUGGGUCAUGUGCGAUCAAAAACUAGGUCAGUAGGUCGAAAAAUAGAAAAACCUUGUGACCUCUCUAGAGGCCAUAUUUUUCACGAGAUCUUCAUGAAAAUUGGUGAGAAUGUUCACCUUGAUGAUAUCUAGGUCAGGUUUAAAAGUGGGUCACGUGCCUUCAAAAACUAGGUCAUUAGGUCAAAUAAUAGAAAAACCUUGUGACCUCUCUAGAGGCCAUAUUUUUCAAUGGAUCUUCAUGAAAAUUGGUCAGAAUUUUUUAUCUUGAUGAUAUCUAGGUCACAUGUGCUCAAAAACCAGGUCACUAUGUCAAAUAAUAGAAAUAACGACGUCAUACUCAGUUGAACACUGGGUCAUGUGGGGAUAGGUGAGCGAUUCAGGACCAUCAUGGUCCUCUUGUUUAUAUAUAUUUUCCCAUUAAUUGAAAAAGGAAAUGUCAGUAAAAUUGAAAUUAAAUACCUUUUGAUAGUUAUAGAUGAUAGACUGCAGUUGAGACGACUAGUUACCUUCAAGUAGGGGACUUUGUAUUGCAUGGCAUACUUCAUUCGCUUGUUUCUAUUACUUGAUUUCUAGUUUUCAUGUUGCUGACUUUUUUCAGUGUUACUGUUCUAACCUUGAGCAUUUAUUUGCAAAGAUUUUCCUGCCUUUGUACAAAAUUGUCUAUUUAUGUGGUACGACCCCGAAAUAAAAUGUUAAAUGAAAACCUGUUAAUAUUUAGCUAGAUGGGUUAAGGAUGUUUUAAAAAUUGGUGUUGGUACAGAAAAUAAAAUGGCGUUUAUAUAAAAUUUGUAUUUUGAAUAAUUUCAUUGUUUCAACAUGAUAGAAAGGAGAAAGAAAUAAAGGCAUGCCAGAAAAUAAA